AUUACUUGUGUUACAUCAAUUUUGUAUACUCAAGAGGAAAAAGUAAAGUUUCUUUUAGCUAGCGCUUUUUUUUAUUAAGCUUUUUUGCGGCAGUCUUGUGCUACUGUUGUAUUUGCCAAACUGAUACAUGUUAUUAAGAAAGUGAAAGGGAUGACAGAAUUUACUUAACCUGAUAAAACAAUCAGAAUUUUGACGUGAAACAUUCUAAAUUUGAAUACAAAGCCUAUAGCGGGCGACACUCCUGAAGAUUUCAGCCUUAAUGCUAUCGUACAGUUCUUUCUUUUCGACAUUAGCCCCACAAUGGUGAACCCCUUGUAUUGAUUAAAAUGGCAUUCAGUGGAGCCCGGACAAAUUCUAAUAUAUCUAGGCUCACAAAACUUGUCCUCUGAUAAGAACUUGACACAAUGUUUACAAAAUUUAAAUAGUAGAAAAACCAAUAGUAUAGCAGGAAUUAUUUCAUCUGUGGAGAGAGAGAGAAAAAAAAAUGUCCGGAUGAGGGGCAUGAACUAAAGCUUCUUUUCGACUGUCGCAAAAUUUGUGUCGUAAAAGUGUUUGGUCUAUUUUUUUUACUGAGUACAAUUGUGAUGUGAGAAAAGUAUGCAAAGUGAAUUCCAGAUGACUGUGGUAUACAUCCCGGAUUACUACGGCGCUAUAUUUCGCACUCUACUACAUUGGCUUUCUUAUUAAAGCGUGUCCUGUGUCGCGAUUCUGCAGGUCACCAGAGGUAGCGCACAAAACAGCGUGAAGAUGGAAUUUCUUCUGAUAAUAGUCAACACAGAAUCCCCGUGUGUAUUGAAAGAUCUGCGAUGUAAAUCCAUUCCUGACAAAUUUAAAUUCCAAGACAGCAUUGCACUGAUUUUUUCCAAUUUCUCCAAAAGUGAAAAUAUACCCACACGGUGGCCUAAAGAAAUUUUAUUCUGACAUCUGCAUGGGACUAUAAAAAGGUAAAAAGACUGAUCCUAUGAGGAUUUCUUAUAUCAUAUCUGGAGAUUAGAUGAAGAGGUGUUAGUGACAAGGCAAGACGAGAAGGCUAAUGACAGGGCCGCACAGGCAAUUAAGUGAAGAUGGAUGGUGCAUAUUAUUCUCAAUCGAUGUACCAGAGGGACAAUUACGGCAUAACUGCCUCUGUACCUGGACCCUAUGGUGCAUCCCAACCCCCUCCGGCGUGUAUAUACCAGAGAAAUUCAAAUCUCGGAUAUGGAGGACAUCCUAUGCAAGUUGUGGAACAAAAUGACUCUUCGAAUACGGUUAAUCACCAAAUGGCAUCUCAACAAAAUCUCCAAACAACACAGGGAACUGGACAUUCACCGAUAGCUAACACCACGCCGGCUCAUAUGCAAAACCCCAUGCAAAUAACACCCGGAAUUAUUGCAACAGUAUCCCAACCCCCGCCGGCUCAUUCCCAGACCAUGCCUCCCUCGACGACAACGGCAAACGGAAAUGGAAACCAAACUGGUGGAAAUUCAAACCAAACGCAUUUACAAUUUCCUUGGAUGAAAACCACCAAAUCGCACGCUCACCAGUGGAAGGCACAAUGGCCAGGUGCCCAGUUUCCGUUGGAGGACGACAACAAGCGCACGCGCACAGCCUACACAAGAGGCCAGCUACUGGAACUAGAGAAAGAGUUCCAUUUUAACAAAUACAUUUCUCGACCUCGAAGAAUAGAAUUGGCCGCCAUGUUGAAUCUUACUGAACGUCAUAUAAAGAUCUGGUUCCAAAAUAGAAGAAUGAAAUGGAAAAAGGACGAAGCAAAGCGGAGACCGCGUCCCCUAAAUUCAAACAUUAAAAACACCGUUUCACCACCGGAAUCUCCUGUCUUAACUGAUUUAUCUCCCGUGUCAAACGGAAGUGACGUAUCGUCACCUAAAGACAACGAGACCGGUGAUAUUUCCUCAAUGAACAAAACCAUUUUGAACAAAAACACUCUAUCGUCGCCAAAAGAGGAAGCUGCAACUUGAUGAAGAGUUUGUACAGGGUAUCCGUAUGAAAUACAACCCCCCUCCCUUGAACGAAAUCCAACAUUUAUGUGUUCCCUUGUAAUAUUUCAUGUUCCAGAGUGACUGUGUUUUUGAUUGAUGGUGAUCGCGAGUUGCAUUUCAUCAUCUGAAAAAUUGUUGACAUGCAUAAAGAGGUGAAAUACACAUAAUAUAUAUUUUAUUAACGAAUAGUUCAACUUGAAGGUCUGUUGUUUUUGUUUUGACAUUACUGUAAAGUCUUCUUUUGAAUAUUGAAGCUGGUUCACUGUCAUUAUCGUACAUGUAUGUACAUGUAUACACGUUCGUUGUGUUUAGUUUUUUAAUUGCCUUUUUUUAAAUAUUGAAAUACAUACCAGGCAAAAUUGCCAGUGUGUGUUUUAACUUUUAUGUAAUAUUCUUAUCAAGACUUUCCAGUCUAUGAUGGUAGAAAAAGCAUAAACAAAAUGUGCAUGAUUGUGUAUAGUAAAAUGGACAUUUACAGACCGUUUUUCACAAAAAGAAAAACGGCAUACAUUAUAUAUCAAUAUUUAUUAUACAUCGAUAUCAGUGAAUAAAAUAUCAAAACCAAUUUUA